AUGACUUACUGUGGCCACGUUUGUUGUGGUGACUCAGAGGCACCCCUCUCAUUACACGGAGGUCGUCACAAUAUUGGAGACUAUACGAACAGCAGUGUCGGAGUAAUGAUCUAUAUGUGUGGUCGGUCAAAAGGCAACCAAGAUCUCUGGAUCGGUGGUUCAGUUCAUACAGUCUGCUCAGCUCAAUCCGAUACUGCAGCCGGUGCUCGUCAUACUGAAUUCACGAGUUCCGCGGCUUCAGCAUCUGGCAUUCUGGGUGACACGAGAACUCAAGGCAAACCAGUUAUGGGUCUUAGGCAACAUAAUCAAACUCGCAAACCACGUAUUCUCUCGCAAGCUCAACUUUCCCAAGCUUCUAGCAAUGGAGGUGGAAAUGCAGUUGGUGGAGGUAAUUGGCUUCGAAUGAAUAGCAUUCAGAAUAACACAUUCUCACAACCGAAUUCGGAGUUUUCUUUGAACUAUGAAGGGGGAGAACAAACUGAAAAACUAUCCAAAGCAUCGUCUACUUGUGAGGACCGAAUUCGACAGUCACAUUCUGGAGUCCUAUCUGACAGUACCUCUUCAGUUCCCCAGAGUUGUCACAGUGGUGGAGACAAUACCAACGGUGAUGAACCAGAGCCCCAGUGGUUACACCACUGUAUAAAUCGAUGCCUAGGUGCCAACAAUUCCAACGGUAUUGGCCUUUCCUCAAACUCUGCCAUUGCUCAAAUACUUCUUUCUGGUCUAGCUGGUGCUGCACCCUAUCCCCGUCUCGCAGACAUCGCCCGUUACGCUCUGCUGGCUUGUGAACAACGUGACACCCUUUGUGCCCGUCAAGAAGCUGAACUCACCGUCCUUGAAGCCUCAUUGGCUGAGGCCAAGGCCGCAGGAGACCAAUUGCAUUGUAGACUUGGGCAGGUUGAGACAUCUUGGGGUGCUGCAUCGAGAGCUGCAGAUCUAGCCGACAUGGCCCUGGAAACAAGCGGCAUUCUUCUGCAUUUAUACUCCUCAGAAUUGGCCCUCCUACUCCACAAACAGCCGAACCACAAUAAAUCCUCUUCGAGCAAAUCCCAUCACCAUCACCAGAGGUCUUUUGGACGACUUGGGACUUUCAGCAGUUCGACAUCUACCUCUUCCUCAUCCUGCACUACCUCCUCUGAAGAUGAAGAAGUUGAAGAUGAAUGCGUCCACCCUAGACCUCCUUGCAAACCCCCAGUUCCUGCGCACAUGAUUCCCCCAAAUAACCGUACUGGCACAGUAAAUAACGGUGAUGCUGGCAGACAUCCUCAGCUACCACCUGGAACCACUGCCAGUGAUAACGGAAGCAACGUUUAUGCCGUUUAUGCACCAAAUGGAAAAUCUUCGGAAGAAACAGGUUCGCAUAUCUCCAUUCCAACUUGGAUUCCUCCUCAUAAUGUCUGCAAUGGACCAGCCUGUCUACGGCUUCUUAAGAUGCAAAGGCAUCAAACCGAAGUGGCAGCUUUGCAGCUUCUCGCUCGGUUUGUCUCAACACCAGAGCCUUUCUUCAAACCGGAGAGUCUGAUUUCCGCAGCUCCUGGUGAGGACUUUGAACCCAAUGGAAUAAACGGCAAUCGGAGUAUCGCAACAUGUACCGAAAGCGGUCUUGGUGUGGAAUCUGGUGGCAGUAGUUCCGGUAUGGGGGCUCAUGGAGUCUACGCAAACGCUUGGUGUAUCGCGAGUAGACCUGUUGCUCCUAUGAGACAGCCAUUCAAGUCUGGUGGAGGUUGGCAGACUCCCGAUUCUGGAGCUGGAAGCUUCAGUACCAAUGAUCAUGCUGGAAAUGCCACCACAGUGUCUGCAGUGUCUGGGGUUUCUACUACUCAUUCUUCGAAUUCUUCCGCUUCUUCAGUACCUCCAAACAUGGUUACUGUUGGUGUGAAUCCGACUGCUUCUGUUGCAUCAGACAGUGCUGGUUGGAGCAGAAUGAAGGAGAUGAAACUGAGACAUAUUCUGGACCAGAUCAUCUGGGAAAGAAUGCUUGUGAGAAGUACUAUCGCUGCUAGUGGCAAUGAUUUUGAAAGCGCUAAUAGCGGUGUGCCUCCGAACGCUGAAUUCAAUUAUAUGAAGCCUUAUACGGGAAGCGAGAUGCCGACCUACAGUGAUGGUGCAAACAUGUCGAAGGAUUCACGAGAACCGGGGGUCUUCAGUCGACUCAAUGCUCUUAUGUUGCUGGAUACAGCUGUCCUCUUGCAGGAUCUUUGUGCUGUUAAAGAGGAUCGAGCCAAAUUAAAGGUCCAAAACUACAUAAUGGAAAAGGAAUUGAGAGCUAUUCAAGUCAGUCAUCAGGGGCAUUGCCUCUCUGAAUCUGCUCUGCGGAAUCAACUUAACGCACUUCAGAUUGAUCGAAAUCUCCAUAUGCUCAAGAAUUCAGAUCGAAAUGGUUCACAAGGUCCUCUUGCACAACAAAUUGAGAGCUUACAAUCUGCAUUCGAAUCACUUCGAAAGGGUACUGAACAGCAUCAGUCUCAAAGCGAAGAGUUGGUGAAUGAUCUGAAACAGGCAAACGCUGCUCUCAUUACGGCAUUCGAGAAGGCGAAGUCAAAGUACUUAGCAAGAAUCCGAAAACUUGAAAGCCAUUCCCUAUCCAGAGGUAAUUCCUCCUCCGCAAUGCCUCCCACCAACACCGCAUCUAAUUUUGAAAAGCAAGCUUGCUCAGCUGGAAGACCCCCUGCAGUACCCGCUCAUAGGAAUUCCCAACCUCCACCUCCUUUGCCACCGCUCUCACCCGCCCCGCCGUCUGAUGUCUAUGAGGUCAUUCAGGACACUCAUAUUGGACCUCCAAAUUCCUGGCAAAACGCUCCCGUUGUUAGUGGUAGCGGUCGUAGUGAACCUCCAAUGCCUAAUGGGUGCUACUCUCUAGUGAGGACUGGUCCUUUUUAUCCCAAAUCUCAUUCGAUGUUGACGGAUAAUCGAUCACCCACUAGACCAAGAUGA